ACAGCCGGUGCAGGAUGCGGUUCCUGGUUGCGUUGGUCCUGCUGAGCGUCGCAGCGGCGGUUUCCUUACCACUAGAAAAGUCCGGCAAGUUAAAGCCACAGGCCACGGGCGAGGGCCCUGACAAGGAGAAGCUCCAGCCGCAGGCCGCGGGAGACAACUCUAACAAGAAGAAGCCCGAGUUGCAGGCCACAGGAGACGACCCUAACAAGAAGCCCCAGACGCAGUCCACGGGAGGCGACCCUAACAAGGAGAAGCCCGAGAUACAGUCCACAGGAGAGGACCCUAACAAGGAAAAGGCCGAGCCUCAGUCCACAGGAGAGGACCCUAACAAGAAGCCCCAGACGCAGUCCACGGGAGGCGACCCUAACAAGGAGAAGCCCGAGACACAGUCCACAGGAGAGGACCCUAACAAGGAAAAGGCCGAGCCUCAGUCCACAGGAGAGGACCCUAACAAGAAGCCCCAGACACAGUCCACAGGAGAGGACCCUAACAAGAAGCCCCAGAUGCAAUCCACGGGAGGCGACCCUAACAAGGAGAAGCCCGAGAUACACGAGCCUCAGUCCACAGGAGAGGACCCUAACAAGAAGCCCCAGACACAGUCCACAGGAGAGGACCCUAACAAGAACCCUGAGCCGCAGUCCACAGGAGACGACCCUAACAAGAAGCCCCAGACACAGUCCACAGGAGAGGAACCUAACAAGGAAAAGCCCGAGCCUCAGUCCCCAGGAGAGGACCCUAACAAGAAGCCCCAGACACAGUCCACAGGAGAGGACCCUAACAAGGAAAAGCCCGAGCCUCAGUCCACAGGAGAGGACCCUAACAAGAAGCCCCAGACGCAGUCCACAGGAGAGGACCCUCACAAGGAGAAGCCGCAGACACAGUCCACAGGAGGUGGCCCUAAAGAGGAGAAGCCUGAGCCACAGUCCAAAGGAGACAGCCCUGACAGGGAGAAGCCUGAGCCACAGUCCAAAGGAGACAGCCCUGAUAAGCUGGUCUCUAACCCAUCCUCUGCUAACAAGGAGCCUACCAAGCUUGACCUAAACAUACCAGCUGGCAAAGAUACCUCUCUGCAUGCUUUUAGAAGUGAAUCUGGGGAGAGAGAAUUACUAGACUCUGACUCCACUUCUCCACAGCAGGAAAAAGAUGGCAAGUCUUCAGAGCUUACAGAUGUGGAGGCCAAGAAGGCUGAGGAAGGGGAUACAGAAUCUGAGAAUUCACCACCCGAAGGAGAGAAAGAAACGCCUGGCCUUGCCUCCAGUGAGAACCAUGAAGGGACACUUUUAGAUUCCAUGAGUAGGGAGAAUGAUAACCUUUUUAAGGACAGUCUUGGAAGUGCUAGUGCAGAGAGCAGCCACUUCUUUGCCUAUCUGGUGACUGCAGCCAUUCUUGUUGCUGUGUUCUACAUUGCCUAUCACAACAAACGGAAGAUUAUUGCUUUUGUCCUGGAAGGAAAAAGAUCUAAAGUCAUUCGGCGCCCAAAGGCCAGUGAUUACCAGCGUUUGGACCAGAAGAUUUGAUUUUUCCAUUCUUGAGAACUUUGUCCUCCCUGCUGAUUUGUUUUUAAAUGGAGAGAAAUGAAGAAAAAAGUACUGUGACCUAAGAGACACCCCCUCCUCUAGGAUUUGGUGGCAAGUCUGGACUGGCAGAGGCAAGGGGAUUGCUUUGAUUUUUGCACCUGCACUUUGGUGACCUUGUACUCCUGUGUCCCCAUUAUCUCUGCUCUUGUCUUCCAUCCUUUCCUCCUCUGAGUGUGAGUAGAGGGAGCAUGUGGGAAGCCAACUGUGACCAAAGGGAGUUCAGCCCCAGGCAGGCUACUGCUGCCAACUGCCUUCCCUUGGGUCUUGGCCAUUUAGUAGUUAUCCCUUGAAAACAGCAUUGUGCCCAUGACUAUCUUUGUAGACCUAGGAAAACUCUGCAGGAUGAGAUGCUCUUGUAUCAAGGCCUCUUACUUGGGGGGGUUGUGCCCUUUACAAAAGAUGAAGAGGUGAAUGCUGACCGGCAAAGGGGGACUUUAACACAUAACUCUCUUGAGAGGCUCCAGCAGCAAACCAAAACAGCUUUUAAAAAGUGCUUUAUUGCCUGUUAAGUCCAACCUGUCUAGAGUAAGUUCUUCACAUUUUUCCAAUAUUUUCAUAUUAAGACAAAGUCAACUUCCAUUUGGUUGUACUGACUAAACUUGGGGAUUCUGGAAGUAAGGCUGUAAAGCCAUGGUUCCCGUUACAGAUUUUUAAAAAUACAGUUAUGAUUAUUGAAAUGCUUUGUUCUUCUAUACUCAAAAUUGUAACAGACUUUUUAAAAUAGGGUAAGCUCGGGCUUUGUAUAAGAAGAUGUGCAGGAGGGUUUCGGUUUUGAUCUGCAUUAUUUCAAAGGGCUUUUAUGAAAGGUUUCCCAUAAACUCUGCUUUGCCUUUGUUGCCUAAACUAGACAAAACAGACCUGUAAUCAGAAACUAACUGUACUCUCUUUUACCUUAAUCUAGUUAAUGGUUCUCUGAUCGAUACAAAAUGCCAAGGGUAAUUAGUAAAAUUUCUCCUUCCAGCCCAUGUUAGACAUUACUAAAAUUUUAAGAAAUUCAGGGGUAACUGAGGUAGUGUCUUGGAUCCUGCUGUGGUUUGAAGUUUUCCUUAAAUCUGCUCUAGUUGUGCUACCCUAUGAUAGCCUAGAGAGAGUUGUUUCUUCAGAGAAAAAAUGGAAAUCGAAUAGCUGAUCUCAGGGAAAUACAAAGAAUGUGGAAAGUGAUGGCCGUGGGAUGAAUUCUGUGCUGUUGAGGAAGCCGGUCUGCAGAAGGGACCAGCCUUUGUCACAUUAUCUUGCACCUUGCUUAAAACAGAGCAUGGCUUUGACUUGAGAUUUAUGGAGAUAAGGAAGGAAUGAAUGUUCUUGCAUCAUUCUCUCUGCCUGUGUACCAACCUUAAAAUGCUUUCCUCUCUCUAGGGAAUCUUCUGUCAGGUUCUCCUAGCAUUCCAUAAAACCAUGGUUCCCCUUGUCUACCUCUUGUGGCUUAGAGAAGCAAGCUUUUAUGACUCUGGUGUUCAGGACUGUGUAGAUCUGCAUACUCUC